AUGAAACGAGACCACUCGGAAGUACAAUCGAGUGAUGAAUCCUACGUCACCGCGGAAGACAAUGCCGCCACACCAGAGAGUCGCGCUCGGCCCUCUACACUUGCCAGAGGCGUCUCUCCUCCACGAGUGAGCCGUGCCAACGGUGCAGGAGCAGGGCGGAACCUUCUGAAUCGGAAGGCACCAUCGGACGUGCAGCCGAGCACUGCGCAGGUGGAAGCAGGCAUCGAGAGAGUCGAUGAUCAUGUUGCCUUCUUCUCGAAGAAACUCUCUGCUUUCACAUUACCACUAUCUUCGCUGCCUCGCCUAGCUCAUGUCGAUUGGCUAGACCUCUACGAUCGUAAUCUGAGUUCUUCCGGACAUCAUUUCGUGAUCCAUCAACACGAUCACCCAGUCGCUGGUACGCACUAUGACUUGCGUCUCCAGAUCAACGCGACAAGCAGCAUCAGUUUUGCCAUUAUGUACGGCUUGCCUGGUGAUCCCAACUCGAAACGGCUGAAUCGAAAUGCUACAGAAACCCGUGUGCACUGUCUCUGGAAUCAUCUCAUCGAGACUGCGUCGCCUCAGACAGGCACUAUGUUGAUUUGGGACACCGGUGAGUAUGAAGUCCUUCAGAGAGUCCAAGCAAUAGGGAAUGGGCAUUCAGACACCGAGACAGAAUCGGAUCCGGAAAGCUCCUUUCAGUCUGAUUCCAUGCCUGUAUCGGAGCCCGACAGAUUGGCAUCAGCCUUCUCGUCUCGCAAGAUACGCCUGCGUCUGCACGGCACACGUUUGCCCAAAGGCUACACCCUCUACAUCCGUCUGACGAAGGAGAAUGAUCGUUCACAGCAGCCCAAAGCGCCUGCCUUCAAGCGACGUCGGAGAGCUCCAGACGUGGAUAAAAGCUCUCGCGCUGCCAAAGCGAGUACACCACUAACAUCUUCAUCCUCUUCGAGUGAGGAUGAACGGUCCCUUUCUCCCGACCGGCCUUCGGAUUCAACAGACAAUACACAAGCUACGCGGAACUCCACCCAUCGUCGACUGAGACGCAACGUAUCUUCUCUGGAGCGUAGAGCCUCGCCUCCACCUCAAAUCAGCCACGUUGCGAUUGCGAAGACUACUGAUGAUAAGCCGCAGCAUUCAGAGCCCGUCGAGGCAAAGCCACCUAUAGUUGAGCAACAUUCGCCCUCAGGCCGGCCUGACACGACGCAUGCGCAUGGUGAUGAGGUCUCUGCAGCACUGAAAUCCGCGGCUGACGACAGAGAGAACGAACGCGAGCAGGAGCAGAUACGCUUGCAGAAUGUCUACCCCGGAGCCACCAACAGUGUGAACAGCAUUCACCAACGCAAGUGGUAUCUUUCUCUCGAUCGUACGCUGUCGGGAUUUGUCUCAAUUCCUACGCCAAGUCAUAUCCGCAAUCACCAUGCGAAGACGUACUGGAUUCCUGUCGGAUCACUAUCGUCACCGCACAGCAACGAUGUCGACAUUAAGACCGCCCGAACUACGACAAGCAAUGGUCAUAGCAACGCCGAUGCCAUACGAGACCCAGUACUUGUCCUGCAGAAUGACGCCAAAACAGAUAAACAGCACCGUCUUCUCAAGGCAAAUAAGAACGCCUGCGGCUUCGCCAGGUUCCAUGUCCUUGGCCGUGAACAUGAGCGAAGUAUUGUCACAGGCCGCCUGGCAGCCGACAUAUUGAGCGACGAGGGCGUGGAGCGAUAUGUACCAAGAGCCUUGUGGCGCGCCGUGAUUGAAUGA